AUGUUUACUGGAUCUCCUGCUGCCAAAAGAGCAAGACUGGACUACGCUAAAAGUAACGAACUGUCGGAUAACUGCAAAGAUUACUUCUGUAAAUACUUUGUACUUCCUAAUUCGUCCCAUAUAAGGCUUCCAAAUCUUGUUAAGUUUAGAGUAAGUUCUUUAUAUUGUAUUUUUAAAAAACGCUUUCUGACACCGUGAAGCGAGGUGUGUCCUAGCAAUUUACCCCCUGUUUUUAUUUGAUAAAUUGAUGACAAGGAUUUUUCUAAGACGCAUGGUAAAGCGAUUUUGGCUAAAAUGCCGUUUUGGCAUUUUUAUACCGUUUUUUGACAUAAAACAGUUUAAAUUUUGUAAAAAUCCAAUAAUGCUCCAAAAGCUUUGAAAAUGUACAUGAACAGUCCUUGUCAUCGACUUAUCAAACAAAAACAGGGGAUAAAUUUCUAGGGCACACGGCCGUUUCAGGAUGCUUCACGGUCUCAGAAAUCGUACUUUAAAAUGAAAACUGAUUGUGAGUUCUUUUUGUUUAUGGUACAACGUAACAAGCUUUAUAAUGUGUGUAUAAUUUUUUUGUUUUAGAACGUAUCGAAAUCGACAAUUGCAUGCAUUAGACGUGUAAUUAUUGUCAAAUCUAUUGGAGUUUUUUGGAGACAAACAGUAGAUCUGACGCUGACGAUAAACGAUUACAAUUUCCGCAGUCCCACAAAUCCAGUAAGUGUUUAACAGUUUGUAGCUGUGACACAUUGUAUUUUUCCAGAAACUGUAGAAAGUUUAAACUUUCAUCUAUUCAGUGAUGUGAAUGUACACUCAUGGCAGAAGAUUUUCCGAAAUUUGAAAAGUAAGAAUUUUUCCUUUUUAUUUUUGUAAGGCAUUUUUGGUUUUACAUUUUAAAGAAAAUAUAAUUUUUAUAAUAUAUUUUUUACAGAAUGCUCUAAUGCUACUGCUAACAUAACAACUCAAAGAGGAACUCCCAACGUUUUUGUGCGCUACUGUUUGGAACAGCUUGCGCCGAUGUUAAACGGCGCAUUACUCAAUAGUUCCCGUGUCCUUCACAAUUUGCGGACCACAAGACCAUUCCAUUUGGCCGUCAUGAUGAGGCCCUAUCAAAAUUGUGAGUUUUGUUUUAGUUUUUGCAAAAUUAAAAAUUGAGAAAUCAAUAACCAAUAACCUUAAGUAAACAUUCUUUUUUAGAUUUGGCACCACUAUUUAAUACGACGGCGUAUGCUAUCAUAUGUAGUAAUUUACGUAUUGAAUCGUUUUGCGGGCAGCAAGAGUAAGUAUUACUACGUUAUUAUAUAUUGUACAUUGAACUAUUUUUAUAUUAAAAUGUAUAAAAAUACCAAUUUUUAAAGUUAUAUUUUUUAGUCUACCAGUUUCUGUGAAUUGUAAACAGUUUCAAUGUACUGUAAACUUGAAAGAAGGAUACAACCAACGGGUAUACGAUGAUGCUAUAGAAAAAGUUAAGCAUAGUAUGCCAAAUCUCAAAGACUUUCUGAUAGAAAGCUUAAUUUCGAGAACGGAAUUGGAAAAAUACAACGUAAGACAUUUUGUACAAGAUUGAAAAUUUUGUUUAAAUUUUAUUUGUAUUUUGUUUUAAUUGUCAAUUUAUUUUAGGAAAAUUGUAAACAAGUAGUGGAACACUUUUUAAAUGCCUCAGUUCCAACGAUACUCAAAAUAAUCAUUCAUGAGCCAAUGGAUCAUUAUACACUGAAGGCUGUUUUGCGAAGAACGUUUAAAAAUGGUAGAUUUAUUUACCGCCAUUGGCAUGAGGAAUUCGUCUUGACUAACAACAGCAACAAGGUGCAUUUUUGUUUGUUUUUUAAAAAAAAAUAUUUAUGCAUUGUAUAUAUAUUAUUGUAGUCUCAUCAACAUAUCAUUUUUACGGAACUUUCUUUUACAUUAUGGUUUUUAAUGCAAUAAACUUAAAAACUUAUAUUGAUUUACACCUCUGGUAAAUAUGAAAUAAUUGGAAGAAUUCAUUUUUUAAAACCAAAAGCCCAAGUUAUUUAACGAAAUUAGACCUGUAAAAAGAUAUUCCGGGCGCAAUUUGCGGUAAGAUUUUCUUCGGUUCGGCCUUUUAAAUAAACUCCUUAUAUUAAGAGCCGGGAUUUGUAUCGUACUGCUUCUACGCCUUAAAUAACCAAUAA